AUGUCCAAAAAAGAAGAGUUUUCGUGUGAGAUGUUUAGCAACAAAUUCUUCAUGUUGUGUGCCGCGGGAGGCGCCGUGGCCUGUGGCACCACGCACACGUUCGUGACACCUCUAGACCUCGUAAAGUGCCGUUUACAAGUCGAUCCAGGAAAAUACAAAUCGAUUUUUAAAGGAUUCGGGAUAUCUUAUCGAGAGGGCGGCCCCGCCAAUCUCGUGAAAGGUUGGGCGCCGACGUUCAUAGGAUACUCUUUGCAAGGGGCUGCAAAAUUUUCCGGUUAUGAAUAUUUUAAAUAUAAAUUCGCCACUUUCGUCGACGAAGAGACGGCGUACUUGUACAGAACCUACAUGUAUCUAGCUGCCGCCGCGUCCGCAGAGCUGGUCGCCGAUUGUUUCUUGUCGCCUUUCGAAGCCACCAAGGUAAGAAUGCAAACGACUCCAGGGUACACUUCACAAAUGAUGAAAGCGAUGCCUCACAUGCUCUCUACGGAGGGUUUCGGAAUUUUCUUCAAAGGCCUAGUCCCACUAUGGGGACGUCAGGUUCCUUACACGAUGAUGAAAUUUUCAUCUUUUGAAAAAGUUUUGGAGUAUUUGUAUACGAACGUGGUUCCGAAACCGAGAGAGGAGUGUACGAAGACGGAGCAGCUGGUUUUGACAUUCACGGCAGGAUAUAUAGCUGGGGUGCUCUGCGCCAUUGUGUCCCAUCCAUCCGAUACCAUCGUGUCGAAGCUAAACAAGGACCCGAGUGCCAGCAUCGGUGGAAUUCUCUCGGAAGUGGGUAUGUUCGGCAUAUGGCGUGGUCUUGUCGCGCGUAUCGUGAUGAUAGGUACGCUGACCGGUUUGCAAUGGUUCGUAUACGAUGGCUUCAAGGUGUACACGGGAAUGCCGCGCCCGCCGCCCGCAGGAAUGCCUGAGUCCCUAAGAAAAAAAUUGCAAGGAAAAUAA